AUGUCUCACAAGGCCACUCCCGCAAUAGACGUGCGCAGCUUUGGCAUGUUGGUGCUGGUGGUCAUCACGGCACGCAAGCCCAUCUACGUCACAGAGGACAGCCAGAUCAACCUGAAGAACUGGGUGGCGCCACUAGUGGCAUCCAACACUAUAGCAGCCUUCAAGGACCCUCAUCUGCUCGCUCCAGACGACCUGCUGCUGCGUCUGGCUCGCCUUGCCCUCGCCUGCACGGCCAUGCCCACGGCGUCACGCCCCACCAUGGCGCAGGUAGUGGGGCAGCUGCAGGCGAUGCAGCAGGAGGUGGCGGGGCGGGAGGUGGACCGCGCUGCUGUGCGCAUCGACAGGGAGAUAGAGGGCGCUGCUGGCGCUGCUGACUUUGAUGCGGAGCUUGCACGGGCCAUGCACGUGGGUGGUGGUGGUGGUGGUACCAGCAGUUCCUGA